AUGGAGGUUACUAUACCGUUCCAUGAAGUCAUCACUCAAAUGCCUUCCUAUGCUAAAUUCCUAAAGGAUAUUCUGGCAAAGAAGAGAACAAUUGAAACGGAAACAGUGACCUUCAGUCUAGAAGGCAGUGCCAUUCUGAAGCAUGAACUACCCCCUAAGAUGACCGAUCCAGGGAGCUUCUCAAUUCCAUGCAAGCUAGGCAAUGUAACAAUAGACAGGGCAUUAUGUGACCUAGAUUUUGUUGUGAUGGACAUGAAUGAAGACACGAGAAUACCUAUAAUCCUCGGUCGACCCUUCUUAAACAUAGCAGAUGCAAUUGUGCAUGUAAGAGCAGGAAGACUCACCUUAAAGAUCGGAGGUGAAACAAUCGAGUUCACACUAGAUAAGAACCUUAAGCAACCAAUGUCUGUAGACUCCGCUUGUUACAUCGAUGCGUUGGAUGCUCUAGCAGAUGAAUUCUUGGAGGAGUUUCGCGAUCUUGAUCCCUUGGAAGUAGCUUUGGAAGCUACAAGGGGAGAUGGAUAUGUGGACAAUGAAGAGGUAAACGAAUAUCUUCGAGCACUAAAUAGUGGCGCGGAGGUCGAAGCCAACAUCCAACUACAUCAGUACCUGUUGAAGCCCUCUGCAGAGUAG